ACCUGUUACCAAUUUGGGCAAAAUCAUCUCCAUAGCUAUAUUCACUGUGUGUAGUUACUGUGUGUAACAUUUGUUGCUGCUGAAAAAUCAAUCGAUUCAACAGUUAGGGUUCUGAAUUAGAGGUUUUGAGCGAUAUGGCGGAGUACGGAGACGAAAUCGAGCAGAAAGGUGAGUCGUUUAUGGAUAAGAUAACAGAGAAGAUUCAGCGAGACGAUUCUUCGUCGUCGGAUUCUGAUUCGGAGAAGAAGAAGAAGAAGCACGAUGAUGAGUUGAAGAAGAAGCAUCAUGAUGUUCCGUCGCCGACUUCUUCGAUGAAGUCGAAGAUCUACCGAUUGUUUGGUAGGGAGAAACCGGUUCACAAGGUUUUCGGUGGUGGAAAACCUGCUGAUGUGUUCUUAUGGAGGAACAAGAAAAUUUCAGCCAGUGUACUUGGUGGAGCAACUGCGGUGUGGGUGUUCUUUGAAUUGCUGGAGUACCAUCUGCUUACUUUGGUUUGCCAUUUUUUGAUCCUUGCAUUUGCAGUUCUUUUCCUGUGGUCCAAUGCUUCUAAGUUCAUCAACAAAUCUCCUCCACGCAUCCCUGAAGUUCGAAUUCCUGAAGACAAGUUUCUUCAGAUUGCUGCUGGAUUAAGGAAUGAACUGAAUCAGGGUCUUGACACGCUUAGGAACAUUGCAUCUGGAAGGGAUUUAAAGAAGUUUCUUGGUGUUGUUGCUGGACUCUGGGUUCUCUCCAUUGUUGGGAGUUGGUGCAAUUUCUUGACAUUGUUCUAUAUAAUAUUUGUGCUUCUACAUACGAUUCCUGUUGUAUACGAGAAGUACGAGGAUCAAGUGGAUGCGUUUGCAGAAAAAGCAAUGAUUGAGAUUAAGAAACAAUACAAAGUGUUUGAUGCAAAGGUUGUGAGUAGAAUCCCAAGAGGACCAUUGAAAGACAAGAAAAGAGCUUGAGAUUUAGGGUUCUUUGUUGUUGUUUGUUGUUGUAUGUGAUUUGCACUUUCAUUUUGGUUAGUGUGUUUGUUGUGAUGGUUUAGUAGUGAGAGUUUGUUUGUACAUCAUGUACUAAGUUAACUCAUGUUUGUGUUGAUCAAAAGAUUCUAAUGUGCAUGUGGGACCCAUUUUAACU